CCACCGCGCGGCCGGCGGGUGGGCGGCCUGCGCCAUCUUGCCCGCAGGAGUCCCACUAUGCGGCUGGGGCCGCUGGGCGCCGCGCUGCUGCUGCUGGGGAGCUCCCUCUUCCUCCCGGGACGCUCCUCGCUCUCGCCCGGCAGGCGCCCCUCCUGGUCCCGGGCGGCCGGUCCCGGGCGGCUCCCGCGGCGGGAGGGGCAGCGCGCCCCGGAGGACCGGCCGGACGCACAGGAUUGUGGAACAGCUCCGCUUGUGAAUAUGUUGACAGGGUCUCGGAUUGUAGGGGGCACAGACGCUCAGAUUGGCGCGUGGCCCUGGAUAGUUAGCCUGCAGAUUCGAUCCGGAAAAAUUAUGGCUCAUAUAUGUGGGGGAAGCUUAGUGAGAAACAGUUGGGUCCUCACAGCUGCCCACUGCACUAGGGACACGAGAGAUCCUGUAGUGUGGAGAGCUGUGCUUGGAACUAAUAAUAUUGAUGGGAGACGUCCACACACCAAGAUUAUAAAGGUUAAAGCAAUCAUCAUCCACCCAAACUUCAAUUUGGAAACUUAUGUAAAUGAUAUUGCACUUUUUCAUUUGAAAAAAGCAGUGAAGUACAAUAACUAUAUCCAGCCUAUUUGUCUACCUUUUGAUGUUUUCCAAAAGCUGGAUGAAAAGACAGAGUGUUUCAUAGGUGGCUGGGGAAGAAAAACAGAAGAAGGUAAUACUACAAGAAUGUUACAGGAAGCACAAGUACAUUAUAUUUCUCGAAAAAUUUGUAAUUCUGAUGAGGGUUAUGGGAAUAUAAUUCCUGUAACUUCAUUUUGUGCAGGUGAUGAAGAUGGAAUUUUUGAUACUUGCAGGGGUGAUAGUGGUGGACCAUUAAUGUGCUACGUCCCAGAACAUAAACAGUUUUUUGUAAUGGGAAUUACCAGUUAUGGAUAUGGCUGUGGCCGAAAAAAUUUUCCUGGUGUCUAUUGUUCACCAUUCUUCUACAAAACGUGGCUGACAUAUCACCUCAACCAGACAAUUAGGAAUAAAGGCAUAUUUAAUAUAAGCAGUCUACUUGGACAGGUCCUUGUCGCCUUAGGCUCUGUUGUCUUACUAGCAACUCCAUAAAAUACUCUGAAGAAGCUGUAUUUUUCAUACUGUCCUAUUCCAUGUUCUACAUAAUGAAAAUAAUUUAUUCUUUGGGCAAGUUACUGCCCACUUUUGAGUUCUUAUGUGGAAACUUUUGAGGGAAUAAAAAGACUGUGACAUUGUAGAUAUGGGAUUGAUUGUAAAUUUGGCACUGGAUCACAUGCAUCCUUGAUGUAUCUUGAUUGUUUUACUUUAUAAUCAUAAUUUUUCAAUUGGAAUACUUCCUUAGAGUUUGUAUUAAAUAUUCAGUUUAAAUAUAUAUGCUUUAUGUAUGUACACACCAAAUA